GAGCUUUCUGGAGCGGAGGAGGAGGAGACGUGCACGCGCACCUGUUUUAGGCGCAUUACGGUAGAGCCGAUUGUCCUCCGAACACAUCGCCGCUGCGCGCGAGCCGGAGUAAUCCAACACUGAUUUCUUCUCCACGGAAGAGAGAGAGAGAGAGAGAGUGCGCGCGUGAGGUGCGGGACACGGGAUGCCAGCGAGGAAGAAGCGUCGCUAAGAGCUGAGACAAAACACAAAGAAAAAGAAGAGAGAUAGAGAAGAAGAAACCGAAAAAAACCAGGAGGGAAGAAGAAGAAGAAGAAGCUCGUUUUCGCUUUCACGAACUUUUCCCGAGCGGUGACCAUGAGCUAGUGUGCGCGCGCGGGGGUAUUGUUUCUGCUGAGCGUCCGGAGGAAAAGCGAAUAAACACAAAAACAAACAAAACAACAACAGGAAGGACUGAUACAGACUGAUCGCAAAAGUAAUGAUUCCGCGAGUUUGAUUUUUCAUUUGUUUAGUUUUUUUGGUCGCAUCUUCCUGCGGUGUGUGUGAGAGAAAGAGUGUGAGAGUGUGUGAGUGAGUGUGUGAGUGUGUGUGAGCGGCUUUUUGGAAACACCGGGACGCUUCAGCCAACCUGGGAACGAGAACAUCCACAUGGUCGAGCGCGCGCCCUGAAACUUCACUUCUUCCGAGUUUGCCAACAGGUGCCACGUGAUGAUGGUAGAAUCAGCAACUGAGACCAUUCGAACAGCGUCCUCCAACCAAAACGGAGUCAGCAGCCUGACCAGCCAAUCGGAGGGCGGAGGAAGAGAGGGCGGGUCUAACGGUGACGCCAAUGGGGAGAUCAGCCCCGUGGAUUUACUGCACCUUCAACAGCAGCAGGCUCUCCAGGCAGCACGCCAGUUCCUUCUUCAACAGGCCACAGGACUCAGCUCGCCCAGCAGUAACGAGGUCAAACAGAGCCCUGUACAGGUGCCCGUGUCCAUGGCAAUGAUGACCCCGCAGAUGAUCACUCCUCAACAGAUGCAGCAGAUUCUUUCACCUCCGCAGCUGCAGGCGCUGCUACAGCAGCAACAGGCCCUCAUGCUGCAACAGUUGCAGGAGUACUAUAAGAAACAGCAGGAACAGCUGCAUCUCCAGCUUCUCAGCCAACAGCAGCAAGCAGGGAAGCAGGCCAAAGAGCAGCAGCAGUUGGGGAGCAAACAGCUGGCUUUCCAGCAGCAGCUGAUCCAGAUGCAGCAGCUGCAGCAGCAGCACAUUCUCAACCUUCAGAGGCAAGGUCUUGUCGGAAUACAACCUGGCCAAGUCCCCAUCCAGGGCCUGCAGCAAGCCAUGUGUCCCACGGACCUGCAGCAGCUGUGGAAGGAUGUGGCGAGCGUGCAGAACGCAGACGAGCCCAUCAAGCACGAGGGCCUCGACCUGAGCACCAACAGCUCCAACACUACCUCAUACGCGGCCUCCAAAGUCUCACCUCAGAUCCCCCAUCAUCCUUUGCCAAAUGGACAGAACUCCAUGCACACUCCAAAGAGAGACAGAGCAAGACUUUUCGAGUGGAUCUCGUCCUUCACCAAGGGGGAGUCCAGUGACGAGCAUCUCAACCCUUACUCCAAAGGCACUCCUCUACAGAGUACUCACUCAUCCCACGAGGAACACACAGCUUCACACCCACUCUACGGCCAUGGAGAGUGUAAGUGGCCCGGCUGCGAGGCGCUCUGCGAAGACAUCAGCCAGUUCAUUAAGCACCUCAACAAUGAACAUGCCUUGGACGACCGCAGUACAGCCCAGUGUCGGGUGCAGAUGCAGGUCGUUCAGCAGUUGGAGAUACAGCUGGCCAAGGAGAGCGAGCGACUUCAGGCCAUGAUGACCCACCUGCACAUGCGUCCAUCAGAGCCAAAGCCCUUCAACCAACCGCUGAACUUGGCGUCGAGCGCCUCUCUGUUGAAGCGGGACAGCGAUCCAUUCCCCGAGGGUUUACCUCACCCUCCCACUUCGGCAGCAGCUCCCAUCACCCCCCUGAGGCAGGGCCCGUCCGUCAUCAGCUCCUCCAGCCUACACGGUGUUGGUCCCAUCCGCCGGCGCAAUUCCGACAAAUACUGCACCCCCAUUGCAUCUGAGCUCGCCCAGAAUUGUGAAUUCUACAAAAACGCUGACGUCAGACCUCCGUUCACGUACGCGUCUCUGAUACGGCAUGCUAUUCUUGAAUCCCCUGAGCGACAGUUGACUCUCAAUGAGAUCUACAACUGGUUUACACGAAUGUUCGCCUAUUUCAGGAGAAAUACAGCAACCUGGAAGAAUGCUGUGCGCCAUAACCUGAGCCUCCACAAAUGCUUUGUGCGAGUGGAGAACGUCAAGGGUGCUGUUUGGACUGUGGACGAAGUGGAAUACCAAAAGAGGAGACCACCAAAGAUGACCGGAAGUCCCACUCUGGUGAAGAACAUGAUCUCUGGAUUGGGCUUCGGCUCCUUGAACGCCAGCUACCAGGCAGCACUAGCGGAGAGCAGUUUGAGCCUCCUGAACAGCCCCACGCUGCUGAGCAACAGCACAGGAGCCAGCCUUAACAUGCUGCACGUGGGUCACGAUGACGUGAGCAGCACCGUGGAACAGGUGAACAGCAACGGCAGCUGCAGCCCCGGACUGUCUCCACAACAAUACGGACACCAGAUCCACGUGAAGGAGGAACCCGCAGAGCUUGAGGAGGACAGCCGGCCCGUGUCCCUCAUUGCAUCUGUCACUCAGAACCUGAGCAUGCCCAGUGACGAUCGCGACAUGGAGGAGGAGCUUCCCACCGAGGAGCUGGAAUAAAGGUGGGCGGGGUAUGCGGUCCCUGCCUUUCGUUCCUGCGCAAGGCGUAAAAAUAACCACAAAAAGGAAAAACUAAGAGAGAAGAUACGGAAACAACCCCAACAUCAAGAAACCAAAACAGGGUGUACCCCUCAUCAGUCCGUCAUGCAUUUUAUAAAUUUCUUUUUUUUUUUUUUAGCUCAUAAUUUUUUUAUGUCUCUCUACUUUUCCUCAUUUGAUCUCUUCGCUAAAAAAAAACUUUUUCAAGUCCCAGAGACAAGUUCUAAGCCACUCAUGUAUUUGAGACCGGUUUGUACCCCGUGCCCCGAACAAUCCGUGCCAGACUGACGGGCAAGUCAGCCACAAAGCGCCUCA